AUGUUACGACUGCUUUUUGUUGUGGUUUUUUGUUUUCCAGGUCUAUCUAAUGGAUUUGGAGUGUUACCAGAUGGUCCUCUGAUUGCCUCUGUUGGAGGGACAGUAACGUUCACAACAAACUUAAAUCCAACAGUGACACCAUUUYCAUUGGUCAACUGGCAGUUUUAUAAUGGUUCAACACUUGAACUCAUAAUUAUCUCACAGACUGUUGGAGACACUACUGCACCAGAAUAUGAAGGCAGGAUCACUCUCUUAAAAUCUACUGGAUCUCUGGAACUUAGGAAUCUGAAACUCAGUGACAGUGGAGAAUACACAGUCAGCAUUCAAGAUGGUGUGGUUCAAAGGACAGGACGCACCACACUGAUUGUUUAUGAACCAGUUUCCAAUGCAAGUGUCUCCGCACUAAGCACAGACUUGAUUGAGUUCAGCAGCUCUGUCAGUCUGUCCUGCUCCUCCUCUGGAUCUUCUCUCUCCUUCCUCUGGAUGAAAGACAAAUCUGAGGUUUCAGCCAGUGACAGAGUUCAGAUCACUACAAAUGACGAAAACUCCUAUCUGACUAUAGUCAAUGUGACCAGAAAUGACCAGGGAUCAUACACAUGUCGUGCGUCUAAUCCUGUCAGUUUCAUCAUCAGUGAUCCAGUAAAUAUCUCUGUUAGUUAUGGUCCAGAAAAUGUGACGAUAGAAGUGUAUCCAUUUAAGGAACAUUAUGAGAAAGGAUCAGACAUUAAUCUGACCUGCUCUGCUGACUCGUCACCUUCUGCUGAAUAUAAGUGGCUUCUGAAUGGAGACCAGUUGACCAGUAACAGUCCGUUGCUCCGACUGGUGAAUAUCCAGAUGAGUCAGAGUGGAAAUUACAGCUGUCAGGCCUUUAACAACAAAACUCUUCAAUAUCAAACAUCUCAACCUUCAUCUGUCUCUGUACAUGAGCGAGUCUCUAAUGUUAAGGUUACUCCAGAAGUUACCGACUUAAUUGAGUUCAGUGGGUCUGUCAGCUUCUCCUGCUCCUCCUCUGGAUCUUCUCUCUCCUUCCUCUGGAUGAACAGCAGCUCUGAGGUUUCAGUCAGUGACAGAGUUCAGAUCACUGAUGGAGGAACCAAGCUGAUUAUAAUCAAUGUAACCAGAUAUGAUGAUGGAUCAUACAUCUGUCAUGUGUCCAACCCUGUCAGCAAUGCUAACAGUGAUCCUGUACACCUCUCUGUCAGCUAUGGUCCAGAAAAUGUCAACUUAGAACCACCUUUUCAAGAAUAUACAGAAGGGUCGAACAUCCGUCUGUCUUGUUCAGCUGAUUCCAGACCUAAUGCCAGUUUUAAUUGGUUCUUUAAUGGAAAAAGUCUGUCUGCUUCUGGAUCUCAGCUUGAACUCCUCAAUGUUCAGAAGAAUCAGAGUGGAAACUACAGCUGUCAGGCCUUUAACAGCAAAACCUCAAGAUAUCAAACAUCUCAACUUUCAGCUGUCUCUAUAAAAGUUGAUUUAACAACAAGAGACAACGACUCAUUAUCCUCUGGAGCCAUUGCAGGAAUUGUUAUUGGGUGUUUAGCAUGUGUUUCUUUAAUUGCUCUUGGAGUGUACUUCAUACUUAAAAAAAAGUAA